UACGUACGCCGUGUCACGUGGUACACGACACUGUCUCUGUUGCCAGGCAACAACGGAGCAUAAUCUUAGAGAAUACGCCACACAGCAACACGGGCUAAAACCUCUGUCCAUGGAUUGAGAAUACGUUUACAAGUACUCCUAGGUUGGUGGCGAGCCGUUAGCUGAAAGAUGUCCCACAGUCCAGAAGACGCUCGCAAGAAGUUUAUCCUCACCACAGCUGGGAACUUUCACGGAAUAAAGCCUUCACCAUCUUUCGCUGACGACCCAGGGUUGAAUAACUUCUUAGAUGAUGGCAAUGAGUUUGUUCUGUCCAUUAGUAGUCAUGACAACGAACUUCACCUUUCAAAUAAGAUCGAAACUUCAGGGGACAAUAAAGAGAAGGUGUUGGUUUUCUUCAAACGACAUCCAACAGUAAUCACUGAAGACAACCUUCACCAGAGCCUGCUGGUGUCGUCCAUGCUGGACUCUCCCAUCAACACCCUGUACCAGGCUGUCAGACAGGUCUUUGCUCCUGUUCUGCUAAAGGAUGAGCACUGGCGCUCAGCAUUUGACCCUAAGCUAGCAGGGUUGCUAAGUGAACUGGAAGUUGGCUUGGGAUCAGUGGUCCGUCAGUCUGAAGAACAACCUUCUGUCAAGGGUCGUGUGGAUGAAGAUGUCCUUGGAAUCCUGAGUCCUAAUGAUGAGUUUCAGUACUGGGCUGAUUUGUCUGAGUCUGCAGAGAAGAACAGCUUGAGAGAACGGGCCACGUAUUUCUCUGACCAAUUUAAAGUCAUACAAAAGGAGUAUGGUGGGCUUGAUGGCUUGUCUAUGUCUGAUGUUGCUGAUCUGGUGGAACAGAGCAGAGACACCCUGGAUGACGUCUGGAGGCAGACUGAUUUUGAGCCUUACCCAGAGUUACGCAUGGUUCGAGUCAUGGAUGUCAUCGGUGGAUCCUUGGGAAGAUAUGUCCAGAGGAAGCUGAGUGGGCUCAAGAUUUUUGAGGAGACAUUUGUAUCUAUGAGAGAAAACCUGAGAAUGGGUGUUGCUAUUUGUGAACAGUGGGUGCUAGCCUGUGAACAUCUGACUGGACAGGUGUGGAAAAGACAUGCACCUCAUCCAUGGAAGGGAAAUAAGCACUGCCCUCAAACCCUUCAUUGUCUUGCAAAGAGACUGGAUGAGGUGGUGACUUUGCGAGUGGUACAUGAGAAACUGCUGCGUAUGCUGCCAGGAGGGAAGCAGCAGGCUCUGACGGCAGAUCGUGUGUUUGAACCUUUUUCUGGACUCAACCCUCUGCUUUACAACCCUUACACAGAGCCCCUUUGGAGAGCAGCGGUGGCUCAGUUUGAGCGCCUGUUGGCUCCAUCAGAAAAAGAGGUUGCUUGCAGACUGAAGAGCUAUAUUGCUGAUGUGCAAGACAGCCCACAGCAGUUGUUGCAGGUGUUUCAAAAGCACAAGGAGCUGAUAAGACGUCCCACCAUUAGCAAAGAAUUGCAGUCUGAGAGAGAGACACUACUGGCAAGACUACUGGACUAUAACAAGGGCCUUAAGAUUGACUUUGAGAGUCGCUGCCACGGAGGCCCUGGAGAAAGGUCUGGGCCACCCAUUGGUAGGAAUCUUCCCGAGGUGGUCAACAAAAUUGUCUGGGUCCGACAGCUCAUACAUAAGGUGGAGGAUUCUGUCCGCAUAGGUGAGGCUCUGCUUUUAGACUUGUCUGGGUUCAAAGGAUUCCUGCAUUUCUGUGAUGACCUGAUGGAAGUUCUAAGAGCGUAUGAACAGGAACAAUUUGAGGAUUGGUCAAGAGAUAUACUUUCUGAUCUGGCGGAUCCAAAGUCAGGGAUCAGUAUUCAAGCCAGUAACCAUGUGAUGGAACUGGACCAUGUGGACGGCAGGCUAAAGAUUCAGUACUCAGACAGACUGGUUAGUCUGCUCAGGGAGGUCAGGCAACUCUCUGCACUUGGCUUUCCCAUCCCAGCCAAGAUUCAACAGGCUGCUAACACCGCAGACAAAUUCUACAGACAAGCCAUUGUACUAAAACAGGUGGCACAUUUCUACAACACCAUUGACCAGCAGAUGAUUCCCUCUCAGAGACCUAUGAUGCUUGGUCUUGCCUUGGCCUUUGAACAGGUCAUCAAGAAUCCUCGUUCUCAGUUCAAGGAAUCAGGUAGUAAAGCACCAAUCUCCUGGGACAAUCCCAAAGAGCUGGAUGUUUACAUUGCCAAGCUGCAGUCUAUUGCUGAGAAACUCUCUGUUGAGAACAGGAAGCUGCGCAAAUGGCACACUGACUUCAUCGACAAGGUGGUGACACUGAUGAAUGUGGACCUACUAAGACAUCAGCAGCAGUGGAAGGACGGCCUUCAGGACCUCCGCACCGGAUUUGCCACCUUUGAGGCGCAGGGCUUUAGGUCUGAUGACAUGCGGGCAUGGCGUCAGCAUUGGAACCAUCAGUUGUACAAAGCUCUGGAACACCAAUACCAGGCUGGACUGGAGGCUCUGAACAAAAACCUGCCUGAAAUACACGUUGACCUCACUUUCAAACAAGGCCGUUUGCAGUUUCGUCCUCCAUUUGAGGAGAUUCGAGCACGCUAUUUCAGGGAGAUGAAACGCUUCAUCUCAAUCCCAAAACAGUUCAAAGGAAUCAGUGCCCAGGGGGAGGAGCCUAUCUUCAGCGUCAUGAUUGACAGAAAUGCCACUGGGUUUGUCACUAUCUUCAGUAAAGCUGAGGACCUUUUUGUCCGCCUGCAAGCUGUGCAACACAAGUUUAUGGAGUGGGUGGUUCCUGGCCAGGUGGAUUUAGAGAAGUUAGUGGAGAAGCAUUUAAAGUAUAUGCAAGACUGGGAGAGAAACUUCAAAGCUCUAAAGGUCCGGGGGAAAGAAUCAGAACGUCUGCCCAGUCAGGAGAAGGUGGACUGUAUCACAGUCAACUGUGAGCCAGUAAAAUGCAUCAUUGAGGACAUGAUUCAGAGGCUGUUUGACAUGCUGCUGUUAUCACUCAGGAAGUCAAUUCAAGGCCACACACAGACUAUAGAUGGUUUUGUGUCAGAGUCAAUGGAGUCUUUGUCCACCCGACCAGAAAGCAUGGAGGAUAUUGCUGCUGCCAGUGGCAAAUACAACCAGAUAUUAGCCCGCAAACCUGAAAUCCUGUCUCAGUUCCAGUAUGCUGAGGAGAAGAACCGAUUACUGCGAGCAGUGGCAGGGACAGGUCCAGACUCACUGUCCUCUCUCAGAGCAAAGUGGGACAAACUGGUGCUCAUCAUGGAGAGUCACCAGCUCAUGAUUAAAGACCAGGUAGAGGUAAUGCGUGGCAAUGCUGCUGGUCGUAUCAAUGCGUACAGAGCAGACCUGGAGCGGUUUAAGGCCCGUUGGGACCAGCUGAAGCCUAAAGAUGAGGUGCUUGAAACUGGUCAUCAUGCUGCCCUUCUUGCAUGUGUCCAAACCAUCAAGGACAAGCAGCAAGAGUUCCAGGACCUAGAGCUUGUGCGCAGCAAACUCCUUGAGGAUUGUACCUAUUUUGACCUGGAAACACCAGAUUUCUCACUGGCAGAAGAGACAAAAAGAGACAUGGAGGAGUGCAGCCAGAUGUGGAGUCUGUACGAAGAGUGGCAACAAGGCUUCACAGAGAAGGCCGAGGAGGACUGGAUCACUUUCAGGAGCAAGACUUAUGUGUUUGAGGAGUUUCUGUUUACGUGGCAGGACAGACUUAGAAAGCUGGAGCAGCCUACCGCCAUUUCUGUUAAACUACAAGGGGAAGUGGACAAAUACAAGAACAUGGUCCCAUUGUUGAAGUAUGCGCGUGGGGAGCACCUAUCUCAGGACCACUGGUUGGACAUGUUCCGUUUACUGGGCCUACCGAGAGGAACAACUUUAGAAAGGCUUACCUUUAAUGACCUCCUUAGUGUAUCAAAUACCAUCAUAGAAAAGGCCUUGGAGCUCAAGGAUCUGAACAGCCGGGCCCAGGCAGAGGUGACGAUCAGAGAAGCGCUGAGGGAGCUGGAUUUGUGGGGAGCUGCAGCUACAUUCAACUUUACUGAGUACACAGACAGCAGCGGACGCACCCUCACCCUCAUUAAGGAUUGGAAAGAUAUUGUCAACCAGGUGGGAGAUAACCGCUGUCUCCUGCAGUCCCUGAAGGACUCGCCAUACUACCGCAGCUUCCAAGACAAGGUUAGUCUGUGGGAGGUACGUUUAUCAGACCUGGACGAGUACCUGCUGAGUCUGAAUGCCAUACAGAGGCGUUGGAUUUAUCUGGAGCCCAUCUUUGGACGAGGGGCUUUGCCCCGGGAGGAGGCCCGCUUCAAACGUGUCGAUGAAGAUUUCAGGUGUAUAAUGUCAGAUAUUCAGAGAGACAACAGAGUUGUUUCUUUGAGCGCUAGGGCUGGCAUCAGAAAUUCCUUGGUCACCAUACUAGAUCAGCUGCAGCGUUGCCAAAAGUCACUUAAUGAGUUCCUGGAGGAGAAGCGUUCUGCGUUCCCGCGGUUUUAUUUUAUAGGGGACGAUGAUCUGUUGGAGAUCCUUGGACAGGCAACCAACCCAACUGUCAUCCAGUCACAUCUCAAGAAACUCUUUGCUGGAAUCCACAGUGUUGUAUUUGAUGACCAGUGCCAGCACAUUGUUGCUAUGUGUUCUUUGGAAGGAGAAAUAGUGCCACUCAGAAACCUCAUACGUAUUUCCAGUCUUGUGGAGGUGUGGUUGAGUGAGUUGUCUUCAGAAAUGAAGGAGACACUGAAGCACCUGCUGUAUGAGUGUGUGUCAGCAGGAAAGAAAGGCGAGGUGGACCCCUCACGCUACCCUUCACAGAUUCUGUGUCUUGCUGAGCAAAUUCAGUUUACUGAAGAUGUGGAAAGAGCUCUAAAAGAGCAAAAGCUGCAGCAGCUUGAACUGGAGCUCAGUGCCAAAUUGGAACACUACACUACAGUGGACACCGGCUCUGAUGAUCACACAGACUCCAGUGUCCUCCAGUUGAAGCUGAAGGCUUUAAUUCUUGAUAUCAUCCACAACAUCAGUGUGGUGAAGCAGCUUCACCAGACUGGGGUUAGUAGUCAUGAAGCCUGGAGCUGGAAGAAGCAGCUUCGUUUCUACAUGGGAUCAGACAAAUGCUGCCGCAUACACAUGGUGGAUGCAGAGUUCUACUAUACAUAUGAAUACCAGGGAAAUGCGCCGAAGCUGGUGCACACUCCACUGACUGAUAAGUGCUACUUGACCCUGACCCAGGCCAUGAAGAUGGGACUUGGGGGAAAUCCCUAUGGUCCUGCGGGUACAGGCAAAACUGAGUCAGUCAAAGCCCUUGGGGGACUGUUUGGACGGCAGGUGCUGGUGUUUAACUGUGAUGAGGGCAUUGAUGUAAAGUCAAUGGGAAGAAUCUUUGUGGGCCUGGUGAAGUGUGGCGCAUGGGGCUGCUUUGAUGAGUUUAAUCGUUUAGAGGAAGCCGUUCUAUCUGCAGUUUCCAUGCAGAUUCAAGCCAUUCAAGACUCUCUCAAACAUCACAAGAACACAUGUGAACUGUUGGGGAAGGAGGUGGAGUUGGACCCAAACUCUGGUGUGUUCAUCACUUUAAACCCAGCGGGGAAAGGCUAUGGAGGCAGGCAGAAGCUUCCAGACAACCUAAAGCAGCUCUUCAGGCCAGUGGCCAUGAGCAGGCCUGACAAUGAGCUCAUUGCCGAGGUCAUUCUUUACUCUGAAGGCUUCAAAAAUGGAGAAAUACUGGGACGUAAAUUGGUGGCCAUCUUCAACUUGGCCAGGGAGCUACUGACUCCCCAACAGCACUAUGACUGGGGCUUGCGUGCUCUGAAGACGGUGCUGAAGGCCUGUGGUAGUCUCCUGCAGCAACAGAGGAGGAGCCAUGACAAGGACAAGAUUCAGGAGAGUAGCCUGGUAUUGCAGGCAUUGAGGCUCAACACCAUGUCCAAGCUGACAUUUGCCGAUAGCUCUCGAUUCGACGCUCUGAUCAAAGAUGUUUUCUCUGGAGUUAAUUUCACUGAUGUGGAGGACCAGAUUCUAAUGCAUGCAUUGGAACAAGUCUACAAAGAGGCACAACUUGAGCUUAUACCCAACCAGCUGAAGAAGGCAUUGGAGCUGAAUGAACAGCUCCGACAACGCAUGGGUGUAGUCAUUGUAGGGCCGAGUGGAGCAGGGAAGUCAACGCUCUGGAAAAUGCUUAGAGCCGCGCUCAGUAAAACGGGCAAAGUGGUGAAACAGUACACAAUAAACCCCAAGGCCAUGCCCAGACAGCAGCUACUGGGACACAUAGACAUGGACACCAGGGAGUGGGCUGAUGGUGUCCUCACACACAGUGCAAGAAAUGUGGUCAAAGAACCACAGGAGGUGAACUCAUGGAUUGUGUGUGAUGGGGAUAUCGACCCAGAGUGGAUUGAGAGUCUUAACUCUGUUCUGGAUGAUAAUCGCUUGUUAACCAUGCCCAGCGGAGAACGCAUCCAGUUUGGACCAAACGUUAACUUCUUGUUCGAGACACAUGAUCUUAGCUGUGCUUCACCAGCCACCAUUUCUCGCAUGGGCAUGAUAUUUCUAAGCGAUGAGGACAUAGAUGUGGCUGCUUUGGUGAAGUCUUGGUUGCGGGCUCAGCCAGAGGCGUGUCGCAGUAAUCUAGAAAAUUGGCUGGGGGAUUACUUCCAACGGGCCUUGGACUGGGUCCUUAAGCAGAAUGACUUCGUAGUGGAGACUAGUGUGGUCGGUACAGUGUUCAAUGGUCUGUCACAUCUCAGUGCUGUGACAGAGCGGGGUCAGUUCAUUGUUGCACUUCUUAGGGGUUUGGGAGGAAACCUCAAUCUCAAAACACGACAGGAGUUUGCCAAAGAGUUGCUAAGUUGGGCUAGAGAAAGCCCACCAGAUGCCAGAAAACCACUAGACACCUACUAUGACUUUAACAGUGGCCAUCUAGCAGCUUAUACAUUCCAACGUCCUGAGGGUCUCACACUGGAGCAGCUUUCUCACACUCACGCGCUUCCUGUCAUCGAGACACCAGACAUGCAGAGGGGUCUGCAAUGUUUCUUCCCAUGGCUGACUUCUCAACAUCGGCAGCCCUUCAUGGUGGUUGGGCCAGAGGGCUGUGGAAAGGGCAUGCUCCUGCGUUAUGCCUUCUCUCAGCUGCGGUCCACCCAAGUCGCUGUGGUUCACUGCAGUGCACAGACGUCAUCCCGCCAUGUCCUACAGAAGCUCAGUCAAACCUGCCUGUUGCUCAGCUCUAACACUGGCCGAGUGUUCAGACCUAAGGACUGUGAGAACCUGGUGCUUUAUCUAAAAGAUGUCAACUUACCCAAACCGGACAAAUGGGGGACUAGCAACCUCACUGCCUUCUUGCAGCAGGUGUUGACAUAUAAUGGAUUUUAUGAUGAAAACCUGGAGUGGGUGAGUCUUGAGAACAUCCAGAUGGUGGCAUCCAUGUCAACAGGAGGUGCUGUUGGGAGUCAUUCACUCACCUCCCGCUUCUCCUCCAUUGUACGCAUCUGCACCAUAGACUAUCCAGACAGGGAGCAGCUGCAGACUAUCUACUCAGCAUACCUGCAGCCAGUUCUCCGGCAUAGCCUGGGCAGCCAGGCAGCCUGGGCUAGCACAGGGAAGACACACCAGCUGGCUGGGUCUCUUGUGCAGCUGUACGAACAGAUGAAAGCUAAGUUCACAGUGGAUGAUUACAGUCACUACCUGUUUACCCCCUGUAUUCUUACAGAAUGGGUCCUCAGCCUGCUGAGAUAUGACCUCACUGCAGCUCAAUCCAAUGUGACAGACAGCGUGUUGGAGGUCGUAGCAUAUGAGGCCAGGAGGCUGUUCAGGGACCGGUUAGUUUCCUCAAAAGACCUUCACACCUUUGAUAACAUCCUCUCCUCCAUCAUUCGGGGAGACUGGGGCUCUGAUGCUAUAGACAACAUGACUGACGGCUUCUAUGUCACAUGGGGAGCCUCUGAAGGAGCUCUAAUUGCUCCAGGCCAGUCUCUACCUUCUCAUGGUAAACAACUGGGACGCCUCGAUUAUGCUGACUUGAAACAAGUCAUACAGAAGGGAGUAGUGCUGUACAGUCGUGAUAACAGAGAGCUGGACCUUCUCUUGUUCUGGGAGGUGUGCGACUUUGUGUCGAGAGUUGAUCGCGUCUUGAGUCGACCUGGAGGCUCUCUGCUUCUGGCAGGUCGGAGCGGAGUGGGUCGGCACACGGCCACAUGCCUGGUUUCACACAUGCAUGGAUACACGGUGAUCACACCUAAAAUCUCCCGUGGUUAUAGUCUUAAGCAUUUCAACAGUGAUCUCAAGACGAUGAUGCAGCUGGCAGGUUUGGAGGGACAGCAGGUGGUACUAUUGUUGGAGGAUUAUCAGUUUGUCCACCCAGCUUUCUUAGAGAUGGUCAACAGUCUGCUGUCAUCGGGCGAAGUCCCAGGCCUGUAUACCCCAGAGGAGCUAGAGCCCCUCCUUUCUCCUCUCAAAGAUGCUGCCUCCCAGGAUGGAUACUCUGGACCCCUUUACAACUAUUUCUCCUACAGAAUCCAGCAGAACCUCCACAUUGUUCUGAUUAUGGACUGCACCAAUUCUAACUUCACCCUUAACUGUGAGAGCAACCCAGCUUUUUAUCGCAAGUGUACUGUCCAGUGGAUGGAAGGGUGGUCUGAAAGCAGCAUGAAAAAGAUUCCUGAGCUACUGCUGGCAAAUGCAGAAGGAGGAGGGGAAGAGAAAGAAAGGGCAAACGGAAAUAAGAGGAAAAGCUCGGGGUCUGAGCAAGACCUGUGCCGAUUGUUCCUGAUGGUCCACGAGUCAUGUAGAGAACAUGGUGCGACCCCCAGCCAGUACAUGGCCUUUCUGCAUGUUUACACUGCGUUAUACAGCCGAAAGCAAAGCCAGCUCACAACAAGACAACAGCAUCUUCAGGCAGGUGUAUCUAAACUGAAUGAAGCCAAGGCAUUGGUGGAUGACUUGAAGAGGCGAGCUGCAGAGCAGAGUGCACUGCUGAAAACUAAACAACAGGAAGCAGAUUCUGCCCUACAGGAGAUCACCAGCUCCAUGCAGAAUGCCAGUGACCAGAAGGCGGAGAUGGAAAAGAUAAAAGGGAAGAUGGCUCAUGAAGUGUCUAAGAUUGAAGAGAGAAAGGCCAAAAUUGAUGAUGAGCUGAAGGAAGUACAGCCUUUGGUUGAUGAAGCAAAGCGUGCAGUGGGAAACAUCAAGCCUGAGGCUCUGUCUGAAAUCCGUUCCCUCCGCAUGCCCCCCGAUGUCAUCAGGGACAUCCUGGAGGGGGUGCUGAGACUGAUGGGCAUCUUUGACACCUCCUGGGUCAGCAUGAAAAGCUUUUUGGCGAAGCGUGGUGUGAGAGAAGACAUAGCUACAUUCGAAGCCAGGAACAUCACUCCUGAGAUUCGCCAGAGUGUGGAAGAGCUGCUCAACAGGAACAAGGCAUCGUUUGACCCCAAGAAUGCAAAACGCGCAAGUGCAGCAGCUGCUCCUCUAGCUGCCUGGGUCAAAGCCAACGUCCAAUACUCCCAUGUCCUGGAGAGGAUAGAGCCACUGGAGAGAGAGCAGGCCGGACUUUUAGAAAAUCUGAGAAAGACAGAGAGCAGAAAAAAUAAGUUGGAAAACCAGCUCAACUCUGUUGGAGCCAAAGUCAAUGAAUUAAAGGAAAAGUUUCAGUGUCAUACCACAGAGGCAGCUAAGUUGGAAGCAGAGGUGACAAAAGCUCAGGACACUAUUAAUGCUGCCCAGCAGCUCAUAUCACAACUGGAUGGAGAACACACACGAUGGAACACACAGAUGUCUGAGAUAAAAAAUGAGUUGGAUACGCUCCCUAUGAGGGCCAUGCUCGCUGCAGCCUUCAUCACCUAUCUGUCUGCAGCUUCUGAAGACCGCAGAAGACACAGUCUGGAGACAUGGAUGGCUCAGUCCGGACUACAGAAGUUUGACUUGCGGUCAUUCCUGUGCUCGGAGAGUGAGCAGCUGAUCUGGAAGAGUCAAGGGCUUCCGUCAGAUGACCUCUCCAUGGAGAAUGCACUGGUCAUACUACAGAUCAAUGCGCUAAAUUUACGGAGCGUUGCUUGUCCAUUCCUGAUCGAUCCAUCGUCCCGAGCUACAGAGUGGCUAUGUACUCAUCUCAAACAGCACAGACUAGAAGUUAUCAACCAACAGGAUAGCAAUUUCAUGACAUCCCUGGAGCUAGCAGUCAGAUUUGGAAAAACUCUCAUCAUUCAAGAGAUGGAUGGGGUUGAACCUGUGCUCUAUCCGCUGCUGAGACGGGACCUUAUAGCACAGGGUCCCAGAUACGUGGUCCAGAUAGGUGACAAGGUUAUUGAUUACAACGAGGACUUCCGUCUCUUCCUGGCAACACGGAACCCCACCCCAUUUAUUCCCCCUGACGCUGUUUCUGUGGUGACUGAAGUCAACUUCACCACCACCAGGGCAGGCUUGCGAGGACAGCUGCUAGCCUUGACCAUUCAGCAGGAGAAGCCAGAAUUGGAGACUGAGAAAACAAGACUUUUACAACAAGAAGAAGACAAGAAGAUACAGUUGGCUCAGCUGGAGGAAUCCCUGUUAGAGACCCUGGCUACUGCUCAAGGCAACAUUCUGGAAAACAGGGAGCUGAUAGACAGCCUGAACCAGACCAAGGCGAGCAGUGCCCUGAUCCAGGAGUCACUGCUGGAAUCACACAGGCUGCAAGCAUCCUUGGACCAGGAGAGGGACGCCUACCUGCCACUCGCAGAGAGUGCGAGCAAGAUGUAUUUUGUCAUCACGGACCUGUCAAAGAUCAACAACAUGUACCGCUUCAGCCUUGCUUCUUUCCUGCGCCUCUUCCAAAGAGCUCUGCAGGCCAAGAAGGAAGCAGUCAAUACUGAAGCCAGGAUUGUUGCUCUGGAGGCCAGUUUGAAGAAUAUGGUGUAUGAGUACGUCUGCAGGUCACUGUUCAAGGCUGACCAGCUGAUGUUUGCUAUGCACUUUGUGAAAGGCAUGUUUCCUGAACUCUUCCAAGAAAAUGAAUGGGAUGUAUUCACUGGCUCUAUUGUGGGAGAAAUGUUUAAGAAAGAGGAAUUCCCUUCUUGGAUUGAUCAGGAGAGGCAUGGAGCGCUGGCCAUUUUUAAAGCUACAUUUCCUGCUCUCUACCAGUCACUGAGUUUGAGUGACUCAGACCUUUGGCUGUCCUUCUUGCGGAGCUCACAGUGUGAACAGGAAAUCCCAUCCACCAUCGCCAAAAAGAUUACUCCUUUCCAGCAGCUGUUAUUAGUUCAGGCAGUCAGACCAGAUCGACUGCAGAGUGCCAUGACAGCCUUUGCCUCCCGGGCUCUGGGUAUGAAGGAGCUGUCCCCCCCACCUCUCAACCUGCGGCGUCUCUACACUGAGACAUUAGAAUGGGAGCCGGUGUUAAUCAUCAUCUCUCCAGGAGCAGACCCAUCUCAGGAGCUAGCAGAACUAGCUGCAGAAACCAUUGGAAGGGACAACUAUCACGAGAUCUCUAUGGGCCAGGGACAGGCGGACGUGGCCUUAGCUACACUCAGAGAAUGUUCUCGAAAUGGAGACUGGCUUUGCCUGAAGAACCUGCACCUUGUUACUGCAUGGCUGCCCCUUCUAGAAAAAGAGCUGAAUGUGCUGCGUCCCAAAGCAGGCUUCCGCCUCUGGCUCACGGCAGAAAUCCAUCCAAGAUUCCCUCCUAUACUGCUGCAGUCGAGCCUCAAGAUCACAUAUGAGGCUCCUCCUGGGCUGAAAAAGAAUCUCUUAAGAACAUAUGAGUCCUGGACUCCAGAGCAGAUCAGUAAAGGAGGCGUCGUCUCCAGAGCUCAGUCUCUGUUCUGUCUGGCCUGGUUCCAUGCGGUCUGCCAAGAGAGGCGCAACUAUAUACCACAGGGUUGGACUAAAUUCUAUGAGUUUUCCUUGUCUGACCUCCGCGCUGGAUUUGAGAUCAUUGACAGGCUUUUUGAAGGUGGUAAAGCGUUUCAGUGGGAGUUUGUCCACGGCCUGUUGGAGAGCGCCAUCUACGGUGGAAGAAUUGACAAUCCCUUUGAUCUGCGCAUCUUACGCUCGUACCUGGAGCAGUUCUUCUCUGCAGCCCUUCUCUCCUCCUCUCACUCCAGCGCGAGGAAGGGCAGAGGUGGAACCCGUCUCUUUCCGUCUCAGAUCAACCUCCCAAACUCUUGCUCUAUAUUGGACUACAGCAGCGUAAUAGAAAACCUCCCAGAGGACGACAGGCCUGCGUUCUUCGGUCUGCCUGCCAACAUAGAAAGAUCCUCUCAGAGAAUCAUCAGCUCCCAGGUGAUUUCCCAACUGCGUGUCCUAAGCCGUUCAGUUGCGACUGGGUCAAAGUUUGACAGGGAGCUUUGGUCAAGUGGACUUUCACCUGUUCUCAACUUGUGGAAGAAACUCAACCAGGGUUCUACGCUGCUCCAUCAGAAGGUGGCCUCUCCCACUGAAAGUCAUGGCUCACCGGUCCUGUCAUUCAUCGCUCUGGAGCAAUUCAAUGCCGUCCGCUUGGUCCAGAGUAUCCACCAGUCGCUGGCUGCACUGAGCAAGGUGAUCAGAGGGACCCAACUGCUGACUCCUGACGUCCAAAAACUAGCUACUGCCCUCCUCAACCAAGAGUGUCCUUUGGCGUGGCAAAACAAAUGGGAAGGGCCAGAAGAACCAAUGCAGUACCUCCGAGCUGUAGUGACCCAGGCGCUCGCCAUACAGACCUGGGUGGAGCGUGCAGGCAGGAAAGCAUUGCUGACAGACACCUUAGAUUUAUCGGAGCUCUUCCACCCCGAUACCUUCCUCAACGCUCUGAGACAGGAAACCGCCAGGUCCAUGGGAUGUUCGAUGGAUAGUCUGGUGUUUGUCUCAUCGUGGAGGAGCUCCAUUGAACAGGCCAAGCUACAAGUGAAGGUUGGAGGUCUCCAGUUGGAGGGUUGUAGUUUUGAUGGCCUUCGUCUUUCUGAGAACCAGCAUGAUUCCCCCAGCGUGUCAGCUGUGCCUCCCUGUUUCAUGGCUUGGGUUCCACAGAACCCUGCUCCUGAUACAUCUGCCUCUGAAGACAGCAUCUGGCUACCACUGUAUACAAGCUCAGAGAGAGUGAAGGUGGUCACACACAUAUGUCUGCCCUGUGGAGCCAACCCCAGCCAGUGGAUUCAGACUGGGGCGGCACUAUUUCUCAAACAGCAAUGAGCAAAGAGACAGUAGAUAAUACCGAUAAUACCGUCAUAAAAGGGGGAUUAGACAGGGCAAAUUAUUAACACUCCAAAAUGUCAGGCUGUGUUAUAGACUUCAUCUUCAAAUGAAGUACCUUUGCUUGAAGAUGUUACUUUGUGUCACUGUCAUUUGCAUAAUGGUCUGUAAUGGAAAUAAGAGGGGCGGGAAAAAGCAGUGCAGUGAUCUGCUUUUCACUUUUAAGAUGAACAUCUUUUUCCUCAUUGAACCACAGACAGCAAAAUCAGCUUUAAUAAACAUGAACAGAUGUUUUAUGCAACAAUGCUCCUCAUGCAAAACUGUAAAACUGUACAUCAGUAACCAUGCGUUUUGGAAGAAUAUUUAUUGAAAAUAAAGAACACCAUAAUAA